AUGGAGACCGAGAGUGGAAAUAAACAGAGCGUGGACCAUGCUGAAGAUGCGUCCCUCAAGGGUUUUGUAGACGAAAUUCAGGAGCCCAUCGAUCCCGUGGAGGAGAAACGACUCGUUCGCAAAAUAGAUUGGAUCAUACUUCCCUCUCUAUCUGUGUGCUAUAUCUUCUUCUAUGUUGACAAGACCACUCUUUCCUAUGCGGCAAUUUUUGGAAUCAACGAAGACUUGCAUCUCGUCGGUAACCAGUACAGCUGGUUAUCCUCGAUUUUCUAUUUUGGAUUUUUGACCUGGCAAUUACCAACGAAUCUCCUUAUGCAACGACUCCCGACUGCGAAAUAUAUGGGCGUGAAUAUUAUUCUGUGGGGUGUCUUCCUUGCCCUUCAAGCCGUCUCGAAGAACUUUGCAACACUUGCCGUACUCCGGGGGCUCAGUGGUGCCGCGGAGGCCUGCGCUGAUCCUUCUUUUAUGAUUGUCACCAGCAUGUGGUAUAAGCGAAGUGAGCAACCCCUUCGAAUCGGUCUUUGGUAUUCUUCUCUAGGCCUGGGCAUUGCGGGUGGUGGUGUCCUUGGUUACGGAAUCGGCCAAAUAAAAGGCUCCCCCCCCAGCUGGCAGUACGAAUUUAUAAUCAUUGGGGCUCUAUGCAUUUUCUGGGGAAUCGUCAUGCUAGUGGUACUUCCUGAUUCACCACUCACGACUCGUUAUCUUACGCCGUCACAGCGGAAGAUUAUGGUUGACAGGCUUCGUGAGAAUCAAACGGGCAUUGAAAAUCGGCAUUUCAAAAUGCACCAAUUCAUAGAAGCACUGGCGGAUGUCAAAGUUCUCUUUUUCUUCCUCAUUGCCUUGUUACAAGCUAUCGUGAAUGGAGGAGUCACCAAUUUUGGUACAAUGAUCGUGAAAGGGUUUGGCUUCUCAACGCUGGGAACUACUCUGCUUCAGAUCCCUUACGGGAUCUUCAUCUCUAUUAUUAUCCUCUCCUGUGUCUGGCUUAAUAGCAAGAUGCCACCAAACAGCAGAUGUCUUAUAUUACUGAUCUUCCUCACACCAAAUAUUGCUGCUGCGUUUGGCCUUCGGUUCGUGCCAGAAAGCGCCAGGGUAGGUCGCCUUAUAUGCUACUAUCUGACUGGCUCCUACAACGCGUCAUUUGUGAUGUUGCUAUCCUUGACCACUGCCAAUAUCGCUGGACAUACCAAAAAGGUGACUGCAAGCGGGAUCCUCUUUAUAGGUUAUUGUGUGGGUAACAUUGCCGGUCCUUUCUUUUACAAAUCUAACCAAGCUCCCGCCUACUCGCUGGGUAUAUGGAGUAUGGUUGUGUCUGACUUGCUCGAAGUCAUCUGUGUGGCCUUGCUAUGGUGGUAUUUGCGAUCCGAGAACAAAAGAAGAGAUGAAAGCCAGGGCAUUAGCAAUGAGCGCUGUGUGGGCACACUGGAAGACAUGACAGAUAAAGAGAACCCAAAUUUCCGUUAUAUUUUUUGA